GCAACAGCUAGUGAUACACCUCUUGUGAAAGAGUUCUGUGGGAGUGCUCAUCAAGAGAACCUGGUGUAUCGACAGGAGCUUGAACCUACUCUCCGUGAAAUGAUCAAUACCACGGUCCAUGCCACUCGCGCAGCAGUUGCCGCCCAUGUCGCUGCUAUGCGCGAAGAGAGCUCUACUUUCCGUGAAGAGGUUGCUGCUGUCCACGAAGAGGUCGCUACUUUUCACGAAGAACCCACUGCCGAUCGCUGCCUUGCUUCAUAGAAUGGAGGUUACAAGCGCCAUUGCGAGCCAUCUUCUCAACUUUCGUGUUACAUCGCGCUAAACUGCACUUCAGGCUAGUGCCUGCAUCGAUCAAGCUGGAAUUGGAGGAGAUGCAAGAUGAUGCACGCAUCAAGAUACAUGGACGGAAAACUCGUGGCGUGAGUUUAUGAUCCGACAUCCGAAGGAGUCCGUCU